AUGGCGCUUAGUUGGAACUUGCGAGCCGAAUACGCCCGUGCCGGCUAUGCUAUGACUGCAACUCUGGACGCUGGUUUGUGUCGCCGCGUCGCCCUUCGACACUCUCUAGGCACUGCUAUUGUUUGCCUGGCGGGAGCAGGCUGCAGUGCAAUCAGUCUAGGUCCUUGGGCUGGAGCUUCGCUCGGCAUGGCCUGCCUGCCUGUCAAUAUAGGUCUAAUCUACUAUGCCUGGCAAUUUGCCCGACCUCUUCAGACAGGUGAGUAG